UACCGGCUGUUGUGCGGCGCUGCCUUUCUGUUUGAGUGCAUGGAGAGUGAGUGAGUGAGUGUGAGCGUGUGUGUGUGAGAGCGGCGAGGCGCGAGCGCGAGCGCCAGAGGGAGAGCCCGCCGCGCCGCCCCGCCGCUCCCCGCCGCGGGGGCAGAGCGCGCGGCCGGAGCGCCCGGGACCGGCGCCCCGGGAGCCCGCGGGGACAAGGGCAGCGACCGCGCUCCCCGCCCCCAGCCCUCGUUCCUCGCUCUCCUGCGCCCGGGGGACCUCCGCGCCGCCUCCCCGGCCGGCCUCUGCCCCGCCGCCCCCCUGGAUGUCCCCGGCGCCCUCGCGGGGCCUCCUCCUGCUCCUGCCGCCGCGGUCGGGCCGGUGCUGCGGCCGCCGGGCGUAGAGCGGGCGGGUUCCCGGGGGCCGCGGCUGCCGGAGCUCCCCUGGUCCCCACCCCUGCCCCCCGGCGCCCCGACCCCGCUCCCCGGCCUCGCAGGCUGUGACAAUGGACUAUGACUUUAAAGUGAAGCUGAGCAGCGAGCGGGAGCGAGUCGAGGACCUGUUUGAAUACGAGGGCUGCAAAGUUGGCCGAGGCACUUACGGUCACGUCUACAAAGCCAAGAGGAAGGAUGGGAAAGAUGAUAAAGACUAUGCUUUAAAACAAAUAGAAGGAACCGGGAUCUCUAUGUCGGCAUGUAGAGAAAUAGCAUUACUUCGAGAGCUUAAGCAUCCAAAUGUCAUCUCUCUUCAAAAGGUGUUUCUGUCUCAUGCUGAUAGGAAAGUGUGGCUUCUGUUUGACUACGCUGAGCAUGACCUCUGGCAUAUAAUCAAGUUUCACAGAGCUUCUAAAGCAAACAAGAAGCCAGUUCAAUUACCUCGGGGAAUGGUGAAGUCACUGCUUUAUCAGAUUCUGGAUGGGAUUCACUACCUGCAUGCUAACUGGGUGUUGCACAGGGAUCUGAAACCUGCUAAUAUUUUAGUUAUGGGUGAAGGUCCUGAGCGAGGAAGAGUAAAAAUUGCUGAUAUGGGCUUUGCCCGAUUAUUUAACUCACCUUUGAAGCCUUUAGCAGAUUUGGAUCCAGUAGUUGUAACGUUCUGGUACCGAGCCCCAGAAUUACUUCUUGGAGCAAGACAUUAUACCAAAGCUAUUGUGAUGUGCUGGCCACUGGACAGGCUCAUUCAGUGCGAAGUUUACAUCCCAGAUAUUUGGGCUAUAGGGUGUAUAUUUGCAGAACUACUAACGUCAGAACCAAUAUUUCACUGUCGACAAGAGGACAUCAAAACUAGUAACCCUUACCACCAUGACCAGCUGGACAGGAUAUUCAAUGUAAUGGGAUUCCCUGCAGAUAAAGACUGGGAAGAUAUAAAAAAGAUGCCUGAACAUUCAACAUUAAUGAAAGAUUUCAGAAGAAAUACGUAUACCAACUGCAGCCUUAUCAAGUAUAUGGAAAAACAUAAAGUUAAACCAGAUAGUAAAGCAUUCCACUUGCUUCAGAAGUUGCUCACCAUGGACCCAAUAAAGCGAAUUACCUCAGAACAGGCUAUGCAGGAUCCCUAUUUCCUGGAGGAUCCGCUUCCCACAUCAGACGUUUUUGCCGGUUGUCAGAUCCCGUACCCAAAACGAGAAUUUUUAACAGAAGAAGAACCCGAUGACAAAGGAGACAAAAAGAACCAGCAGCAGCAGCAGGGCAAUAACCACACGAACGGGACCGGCCACCCAGGCAACCAGGACAGCGGCCACGCGCAGGGACCCCCGCUGAAGAAAGUGAGAGUGGUCCCCCCGACCACUACCUCAGGCGGACUGAUCGUGACCUCAGACUAUCAGCGUUCCAAUCCACAUGCUGCCUACGCCAACCCUGGACCAAGCACAUCGCAGCCGCAGAGCAGCAUGGGAUACUCAGCUACCUCCCAGCAGCCUCCACAGUACUCUCAUCAGGCCCACCGGUACUGAGCUGCGCUGGACACUGUCCCUGCACUGCCGCUGGGCUGCGGGCCGGCCGCGGGCUGCGCGGGCGCCUGGCGCGGGCCCCGCAGGCGUGCUGUGCAGCCGGAGUCGGCGUCCAGGAGCCGAGUGCCACCACUUCUCGCAGACGGGGUGGUGGCUUCCAAGUUGUACCUGUCUGGAGUUAGCCUUGAGGAGAAAGUGCUAGCACAGUUUGUGUUGUGGGUUUGCUACUUCCAUGGUUUACUUGACAUGGUUCAGACUGACCAGUGCGUUUUUUUCAGUGACAGUCUGUAGCAGUUGAAGCUGUGAAAUGCGCUAGGGGCAAGCAUUCGUCGUCAUGUGUGGUGAAUUCUUUCAGUGUAACAGCAUUACCUGACCAAUAGUACACACGCAUACACAAACGUUUAACUGGUACUUGAAACAUGCAGUAUAUGUAACUCAAACAAAAUAACCAAGACUCAGAAUGAGAUGAUUUCGAUACACCUUUCAUUUUAGUGUCUUAUCGGUGGGUUGAUUCAUUUUCUACAUUAAUCAGUAUUUUUUGACCAAGAUUGCUUGGAUUUUUUGAAAGUACUAAAAGCCACAUAGGUUUUCCAGGAAGGUUUCAAAACUCCCAAAGAUUAAUUUCCAACUUAUAAGUUGUUUUUAUUUUCAAUCUAUGACUUGACUGGUAUUAAAGCUGCUAUUUGAUAGUAAUUAAAUAUGUUGUCAUUGAUAUAAACCUGUUUGGUUCAGCAAACAAACUAAAAUGAUUGUCAUAGACAGUGUUUUAUUUUUCCUGUUGGUGUUGCUGGCUUGUGAGCAUGCUUUAAGAUGAAAAAAGCAUGAACGAUAACUUCCUUAAAAAGGUGCGGCAUCCAGUUCAGAUAUUUUGUCCUGAUUUUGAAGCUGGUUGGUGUAGUGCUACUAAAAUUUUGUUCAUUUUCUUUUUUAAAACUUGUCCGCACGUUGUUUAGGGUGCCCUUACUUCAGCGAAGGAGAAGGAGUAGGAGAGCCUUAGAAUUUUUGAGGAAAAAAAACCCCUAUAACAUACAAUGUACUGUAUCAAACUAUUUUACAUGAAUGACACAAGUAUUCUGAAUUUAAAAAAAUCGAACAUUGUUAAAAACAAGGUGUUAUGUAAUAAAUUUAUUUUUCAUAAAUCUAAA